UUAACAUCAACGUGUGUUCGAAUGACAACACAUAACGGACCGGAUAUCAAAAGUAAAUUUAAAGUAGAACUCAAACCAUUACACAUACCCACAGGCCUGGGCGACAUCAUUAUUUUAUCAGCGCCCAUCAUAAAUAGUGAAACACUUUAUUUCCUUAGCAAACCAAAUGGCGACACUAUGAAACUCAAAUUAAACAUAAGCCGUGACAUGUUUGACUACAAAAAGUCAUCAAUUAAUGACGAUUAUAAUGACAUCGUCAUUCAAUAUAUUCAAGGAAAAAUUAAGGAUAACGGAAAUUGGAUACUAAGUGCCUAUUAUAAAGGAAAUGAUGGAGACUGGAUUGAAGUGUUCCAAGUUAUUACGGUGGAAAUAACAGAAUCCAUACCGACGUUUCCAACGAAACCUAAAUUAGAUGAAGGUAAAGAUUUGGAACUGCGUUUUGCUUAUCCUGUAAGAAAUCUUCAAAGCUGUCAAAUUACUGCCCCCAGGUCUACGUUUGACAGAUUUUAUGACAGAGAUAGAAAUAACUUAGAUUCCUGUGGCUUCACUAUACCGAAUGUAACGAAGGACGACGAAGGUCUAUGGCGAAUAAUUGGUGUGGGGAAUAUAGUGUACGAAGCUAACGUGUUUUUAGAGAUAAAUAAAAAAUCCUGA